AUGCUGUUAGUUGAUGGAUGUCUCAUCGAUUUUGUGUCUUAUGAGACUCACGAGCUAUUUGUGAGCCUCAUUGUUGGUCCAUGGCUCACAAAAGUGGACGACGAACUGAACCAUUCUUUGACUCACUUUCGGUUUACGACGUUAAGAUUACUCGGUAAAGGUGGAUUUGGUGCCGUUUAUGAAGUGAAACGACAGUUGGAUGGUCAAGUUUUUGCGAUGAAAUGCGAAUUAAUCGACGUCAGGAAACGAGUAAGUUAUUGUAGAAUAGAACAUUGA